AUCUUCGAGCAAUCCAAGUUGUGUGACGUUGUCAGCGAAGUUAAACUUCGUUAAUUUCAACUUUGUUUUGUUUAGUUUAAAUAUUUUGGUCAAAACUUUUUCCUAUAAGGAUUCAAGGAAAACUUUUUUCUUUAUAUAGCAUCAAAUUGGAAAUGUUUUGAUAAGGGAACAUAACAUUCUCUUUUUAUAACAAUUUGUUUUGUUUAUUUUCUUUCUUUAAUUUUGGACGUUAUUUGUUCCCUUUGUGAAAAUUGAUAAUUUUCUAUAUUAAAAUGAUGAAUUCCAGCGAAAGAAAUGAUAUUAAAUCAUCGCUGAGAAAACGCGAGUUUCCCUUUUGCGCUAGAGAUGCUUUAAAAAAAGUCGAAGAACUUCUCUGCCAGACUACAAACCUGGCACACCAGUCAGUCAAGCAGUUGAUGCUCGAAGAGCUCAUCUCAGAGCUUAUCUCUGAAUUUAUAUUCAACGAUGUGGACAGACGGGGCAUGAGGAGGAAGCUAACUCAAAUACAAGAGUUAGACCUUUUGCAGGUCAUCUGCGACCACAUGCUGUUUGAAGGUACGGGGAACAGCCCGAUGAGGAAUUUGCUCUUCCUCGCUUUAUUCCCAUUUCAAGCUGUCGAAAGGAUUCAUUUUCUCAUAAAGCUCGUCUCAUUCGCCAUUUCGACGAGAAACACGCCUGUUUUAACAGCGACGUCCGUUUUACUCCAAUAUCGUGGGCUUUCGUCAACAUAUUCCCGUGACUUUGUGAACAAGUUUGUUCCUGAGAUAUACCUCCUGAUAUCAGCAGACAGUUCUUCUGUCUUAGAUUUACCAAGACAUGCACCGAGGUUCUCGGCUAAUUUUUUAACAUCGCUCACAGACAUCGAAGGAAAAUCACAGAUUUCAUUACCACCUGUGGCUUUACUCGAAGUCAUUCUUACAUGGUUGAAAAGUAACCCGAGAUUGUGCACAAUUGCUCUCUUAGACAAUUUACAACAGAUGUUACCUGAUGUUACGAUGAUGUUCCCAUCACCAACACCUUACAUCGGAUUAAUCAAAUGGUGCAUUUGGUCACACCUGGAUGAAAAUUCCAACAGCCAGAUCUACACCACAUUGGAACAGUUGAUCUUAGAAUCGUUAGCAAUCUGUCGAUCGACUGUAGGCAUUAUACACCACGAUAUCAUCUCAACUAAAGAUUUAAUCACCUUGAUACCAAUUCUCGCUACCAAAGGUGCAGCGCAUCCAGACAGGUUGAAAAGGUCUAUUGAAUCACUUGUAAAAAUUAUAAGAGUGGCUCUUAUUACAAAUACACUGAAUGGAUCAAAACAGGAUCUUCGACGUCAUUUGCAGAGUCUCCCUUACAAUGAAGCUCUCGACAUUUUAGUGCAAGACAUUGCCAUUGUUCCUUAAUAUUUUUACUUCUUUUU